GAAUGAAACACGCAGACUUUUCUUGUUUAAGCUUUUAUUAAGCUUAAGGUGACCUCUAUCAAGCAAUUGUGCGCCCUGGAUAAACUUGCAGCGAUAUCAGAAUCCUUGUCCGGCGAGCCAACAUGGAGAAUUCACGGGAGACCCGAAAUACACCAAAGUUCGUCACCCCAAAACGAAUCUUGCGAACUUCGGAAAAUGUGAUAAACGGGAACGAAAUAUGGUCUUUUACCUUGAGCAAUGGUGACUUCGACGACAAGGCUGAAGUCAUCUUUGACUACGGUCGCUGUGAGGGCGGUUUCCCCGUCUUCACCAUUGCGUCUACGUCAGCGCCCGAAGGACAGCAACAAGUCGCGUUCCAGGUCACCUACAGCGAGACUAUACAGGGAAUUGACAAUGAGAAUGGCGAUGGCCCAUUCUUCUUAUUCUCCAACGCGAUGGACAGCUAUCGAGUCUGCCAACACCACGCCACUGUCACCAAUGAUACUCAAACUGUGAAGCCUCGAUUCACUCAAGCAUCCCAGAGGUAUCAAAAGAUUACCUUGAUCGACUCAAACACGAGCAUCGUCUUCUCCAAGGUCGGCUUCCAAGCUGUGCGCCCUGAUGCUCCAGUGAAAGCCAACUUCCACUGUUCUGACGAAACCAUCAAUCGCAUCUGGAGAGAUGGUGUUCGAACCGUUGACUUGUGCACCGUUUCUCCUGAAGAGACUGUUCCAGCCUGGGACGUUACUGAUGAGGGCACUCGUGUUUACGGAAGCCAUUGGGCUCCUUGUCGCCAUGGCACGAGAUGGUUGGAUUACAAAGUCAGAUUCAAGACCAAGAUUGAAGAUCAUGGCGCGAGCUGGGCAGUCCGGAUGAUCACCAACGGCCUGAUAUUCUGCUUGGAUACCAGGAGCAGAACGUUGACGGCUGUUGAGGGACUGUCCAACAAGUCAUGCAUCCUGCCCUCGUUCGAGAAAGGGUCAUGGCAGCUGCCAGAGACUCUGGACCUAUCGGGAUGGUUGACCAUCGAGACAGUCGCAGUCGAAGAUCACGUUACAGUCACUAUUGAAGGCCAUGAGGUUGCUACUGUAAGAGACAUCUAUGUGAAGGCGAUGCUUGGAAACAGCCUUGUUAAUACCGGAUCUGUGGCGUUUGGUGGACCACCUGCUUGGGUUGCGCUCUACCGCGAUCUAUCAGUCACGGAUCUCGGUGGCCUAGAUCUCUACGAGAACUCACUGUUGCAUGAUGAAGCUGAGCGGACAUACGGCGACUUUCAGGUCGGAACCAACAAACUCGCAUGUAUCAUCGACGGUGCGAAACGAGACAGAGCUUCUUUUGGCGGUGAUGCCUUUGUCACCGGUCGGUCGAUUGCAUACUCCACUGCUGACUUCGAGGUAUGGAAAGGAACGAUCCAGCUUCUGCUCAGUCAUCAGACCAAGGACGGGUAUCUUGGCAACCUGUGUCCUAUCCAGGCUCCAGAGCACGAUGGUGCAGAUGAUCCGCCAUACUAUGGCCACUACUCUCUGACAUAUGCACUGCUACUGGUAGUCUCAAUCAAGGACUACUGGCUGCACUCGGGCGAUUGGUAUCUCGUGAAGAAGUCAUACGGCCAACUUCAACGACAGAUGGAGUUUACCAAGGGGUUCUUGAACUCUGAUGGGUUGGUGCAAGCACCGCCGUAUCUCUCAAUGACGUGGUUCCCAAUGGGCGGGCCUGUUUUCGGUGUUUCAACGGGUGUGAACCUUGCAUAUUUGGAUGCCCUGAACGCCAUGGCAUCAAUGUCUCCGGACAGCAAGACUGCGUCUGAGUAUUCCCAUCAAGCAGUGAAUCUAAAGCAGGCGUUGAUCCAUAUGCUCUGGAAUAACGAGCAAGGCACCAUGCGACCUGCUCUGUCUCUAGACCCUGAUGGAGUCUUCCAAGACGUCAACGCCUACGCAGCCACCUUGGGUGUAUCCACAGAUCAUCCAAAUGUGGUAGAAGGCAUUUUUCCAGCCAGUGAAUCCUUACCAUUCGCAUUCCGCGGUCUUGAUAAAUGGGAUAAAUUUGCUUUGACUAGUCCCUACGCAUCUGGGUUUGCACUAGAAGCCCUCUUGGCCAAGAAUGAAGGCAUCAAGGCAAGAGAGCUAUUAUCCCAGGUAUGGGGCGUCAUGGCAGACCAAGAUAGUCCAAACUACUCUGGUGCUCACUGGGAAGCUAUGAAGACUGACGGUUCACCUUUUAAUCAUGACGUAUCGCUGGCUCAUGGAUGGUCUUCGUGGCCAGUCUUUCUGCUACCAAGAUAUCUUGCUGGUGUUUAUCCUCUUGAGGCGGGCUGGAAGAGAAUUGGCGUCGAGCCUGUUCUUGCAGGUUUGGAAGAGGUGAGAUAUUCACUUGAGACACCCCAAGGCCAUCUCUCCGUUGUAGUGCAUAUCAAUGAAGAGGGGGGCAAAGGCAGUGUCAAGAUCGUGGUGCCUCAGGGUAGUACAGCCGUAGUCAGGCCCCCGAAGAGUUGGGUUUUGGAGAAUGAUGCUGUCAUUCAAGGCUCUGGGACACAAGUAUCGGUAAAGCUGUCAAAGUACGGUUUAUAG